AUGUCACGGGUGUUCUCCCUACAACAGGGGAUACCUCGGACAGACCCCAGGCCAAGCCCGGAGACCCACCGACCAGUAUAUAAUAUCCACACACCUAAAGACUUAUCUAUUAAGGAUUUGUCUUAUCUCUUAAUAUCACCUAUUAUUUCAUCCCAUAUUGCUCUGCUCUAUUGCCUGCCUACAGUGCCCUUACAAUUCGAAUCCUUUAUACUUCCUCUCGGAACAGGCAGCCAAUUGGCAGCAGAGAGACGGGAAAAAACUCAGCCAUCAGCAAUGGCUGGAGGACGACGCAACCUCCGCUCAACCACUAGCGACGUGGAGGAGUUGCCCCCUUGCGACGACCUCGGUCAGGAGCUGGAUGCGCAACGCCGCGACAACGCGCCUAGGGUAUCGCCGGCACCUAUGGAGCCACCGCUCAACCCUUACAUCAGGGGCGGGUCAGCCACUACGGCGGCAGGCAUCGCGACGCCAGACGUCCUAACGCCACGCGUCACACAAAUGGAGUCGCUACAGGCUUCUAUCCCGUUAUUGCUGGAGGCACUCAACGAGGCAGAAUUGUCCGGCGCCCCCAAACGAGAAAUCGAAAUCCGGCAGCAGCAAUUCAACCGGGCAGUGGAGACCCUGCAGCGGACGCACGUCGGACCCACGCCGGGUAGCCACCGCCCAGCGUUUGACGAGGCAGGCAAGAUAAUGCGAGUCCUCAACAACGUCCAACCUAAGCCAAAACUUGGGACGGAUAACAAGCCUCCAUCGACCCAGCAGGUGGACCAGUGGAUUAAGGACAUAGACACGGCGUUCCAGUACGCUUAA